GCACAACUGGAAAUGAUAAGCAGCCGUGGACGCCAUGGGCCUGGCGUGCUGACAAAACCACACUUAUAAACCACGGACAACACGCCGCCUCCUCUCUCAGCCUGCCCACCACUAACCCGAGAGCAGAGGAGAGACCGAGAGAGAGAUGUCUAUCACGUCGCUUCCGCCGCCACCGGAGCGCAGGGUGCCGCUGGUGGUGCCCAUGGUGCCGCGGCUGGCGGAGGAGGGAGGCGCAGGAGCGAAGGUGGACGACUCGCGCGGAAGCGGUGGCGGUGGCGUGGCGGGGAUAUCGCCGAGCAUCCUCAUCAUCGCCGUCAUCGUGGUCGUCAUGCUGCUCGCCUCCAUCUCCAUCCACUACUUCAUCCGGAGCCUCUGCCGCCGCUCCUCGGGAUCCUCCUCCACGCCGCCGCUCCCGCUCGUGGCGGUCCGCAGCUCCGCUGUGGCGCCGGCAGCCGUGGCCGGCCAGGGGAAGGAGGCCGCCGCGGAGCGGGAGCGGCUCAUCGAGCGGCUGCCGCUCUUCACGCUGGCGUCGUCGCUCGCCGCGCUGCCCCGGUCGUCCAGGGACUGCGCCGUGUGCCAGAGCGUGUUCGGCGGCGACGACGAGCUCCGGCUCCUCCCGGCGUGCCGCCACGCGUUCCACUCCCGCUGCGUCGACCCGUGGCUCCGCGCCAACCCGUCGUGCCCGCUCUGCCGCGCCUCCAUCGCGCUCCCGCACCCGCCCCUCCCGGAGCUGCUGCGCGUCGAGCUCGGCAGCGUCAGCAGCCGCCGCUCCACCUCCUCCGCCUCCGCGGCCGUCGCCGCAGCGCCGCCGCCAGACGGGGCACCCGCCGCUCCCCGCGCCUACCCGCUGCCGAGUUUCCCCAACUCCACCGCGGAGUACCUCGUGGAGGAGGACCUGCAGGUCGUCCUCAAGCCGGCCAACCCGCCGCUGGCACCCACGGCACGAAUCACCGGCGAGCCGAGCCAGCAGCUGGCAACCGCGGGGGAGCGCGGGCUGCAGCCGUCGUCGUCCGUGACUCCGACGGCGUCGUUCAGGUCCGUGGGCCGGUCCAGCAGCAGGUGGAGCAACCGGUGGAGCAGCCGCUGGAGCAGCGGGCGGUGGAGCAGCCGAUACGACGCUGGCAGCGUGACCGCCGCGGCCACGGCGGAGUGGUGGUGGGACAUGGACGGCGGGGUCGCGCCGGCGGUGUCGCGCCGGGGCGACGCCGAGGACGGCAGCGCGUUCUACGGGUUCGUCCGGUGGCUGACGGGGGCGUACUAGUACAUACGAACACGCAGGCGCCCGUUCAGUGGCGGGGUAAGCUCUCGCCGGACUCUGCCGCCGGCGAUGACAGUGCAAUCCCCACAGUGGCCAUCCCCUCCCUGGCAUCGAAUUCUGAUGCUCUGCCGCCUCUGCUUUUGGGCAUCCGCGACAAUCUGUAAACAAUUUCUCCCUCCCUCCCUCUCUCUCUCUCUCUCUCUCUCUCUAUCUCUCUCUCUCUCUUUCGUUGUGGAAUUUUUUGUGGUGGCGUACGGAAUUCGAAAUCUGGUUCCGAAUUGGAGAAUGUCGGCGGGAAGACUGAGGAAUUCGGGGACUUUGAGGAGAAACUCCCCUUCCUUCCAUGCUGCAUUUGGUGAAAUGAAAUUAGAAAUUCACAUUUUCCAACGCUUUCAAAUCAACAACACACUCCUACACUACUAGUAGUACAAUUUGAUUUGGGUUGCUAAUGAGUUUGUAAUUUCUGUUGGUAAAGUACUGUGGAUUGCAAGGGCAGUGAUGAAGAGAGAGAGAGAGUGUGUGUGUGUUUCCUGC